AUGCUGUGCUCGCCCGACAGUUCCAAGAGGCUCUCGAUCAGAGGUCGCUCGCGAGCCUCUUUACUACUGGGGUCACUCAUUUGGUUCCUAAAGAUCAGGUUACCACAGACCCGAAAUGGAUGUCGGGGCGGCGGUCGUGGAACCAAGGAACCGCUUCUCAUCGACGCGGUCAUUGGUAAAAUGGUUAAACGUAACCGUCGGAACUUCUCCGCCGCCUGGACAGACUACAAAAAGGCAUUCGACUCUGUGCCCCAUACAUGGCUAAAGAGGGUCCUCGAACUGUACAAAGCCUCUCUAAACAUC